GCCAAUUGCCAGCCUCCAUCCUCAAAAAGUAUCUCACGCUUCCUUCUCAUUUUCCUCUCUAAGAGACAGGAACUUAGAGAGACGAGUCGCCAUGUGUGGGAUUCUUGCAGUCCUUGGUUGCAUUGACACCUCUCAAGCAAAACGCUCCCGUAUCAUCGAGCUGUCUCGACGAUUGCGCCACAGGGGUCCUGAUUGGAGUGGUUUGCAUUGUCAUGAGGAUUGCUACCUUGCUCACCAACGUCUGGCUAUAGUAGAUCCGACUUCAGGGGAUCAGCCACUCUACAAUGAAGAUAAAACAAUAAUCGUCACGGUUAACGGGGAGAUAUAUAACCAUAAGCAGUUGAGAGAAAAGUUGAAGUCCCAUCAGUUCCGAACUGGAAGCGACUGUGAAGUGAUUGCUCAUCUCUAUGAAGAAUAUGGAGAAGAGUUUGUUGACAUGUUGGAUGGCAUGUUUUCAUUUGUCCUUCUUGAUACUCGUGACAAAAGCUUUAUUGCAGCCAGGGAUGCUAUUGGUAUCACCCCACUUUAUCUAGGCUGGGGUCUUGAUG